UUGACUGACAAACCGCCAAAGAUCCUGUUUCCCUCGGAAAACAAGAUUAGCAACAUGGAGCUGCAGCUAGGAAGUGCUUUGAACCUGACUUGCCGCGCAUUUUUUGGCUACAGCGGUGACGUCAGCCCACUCAUCUACUGGAUGAAGGGAGAGAAGUUCAUAGAGGACUUGGACGAAGAGAGAGUCCAGGAAAGCGACAUCAAGCUUGUCAAGGAGCAUCUUGGUGAGCAGGAAGUGGCCAUUUCCUUGACUAUUGACUCCUUGGAGGAGGAUGACCUGGGAAAUUAUUCCUGUUAUGUGGAAAAUGGUAACGGCCGUCGCCAAGCUACCAUCCAGCUCCUCAGGCAGGCAGAGCUCAUGUACACCGUGGAGCUGGCAGGAGGACUAGGAGCCAUCCUGCUGCUACUCAUCUUCCUCAUCUCCCUUUAUAAAUGCUACAAGAUAGAGCUGAUGCUUUUCUAUAGGAGGCACUUUGGCAGCGAAGAUGUGGAUGGAGAAAACAAAGACUACGAUGCGUACCUGUCCUACACCAAAGUGGACCCUGACCAGUGGAGUCAGGAGACCAGGGAAGAGGAACGCUUUGCCCUGGAGAUCCUCCCUGAUGUCCUGGAGAAACAUUAUGGCUACAAACUCUUCAUCCCAGAUCGAGACCUCAUUCCAACAGGAAGUCUCACCAAUGAGCAUUACCAGGAUGACACACGACUCUUUGGAGCCUACAUAGAGGAUGUGGCGCGUUGCGUGGACCAGAGCAAACGCCUCAUUAUAGUUAUGACACCCAACUAUGUCGUGCGGCGAGGCUGGAGCAUCUUUGAACUGGAGACGCGGUUGCGCAACAUGCUGGUGACUGGUGAGAUCAAAGUCAUCCUGAUUGAGUGUGCCGAGUUGCGCGGCAUCAUGAACUACCAGGAGGUAGAGGCUCUCAAGCAUACCAUUAAAACCCUUACUGUCAUCAAGUGGCGCGGCCCCAAGAGCAACAAGCUCAACUCCAAGUUCUGGAAGCAGCUGCAGUACGAGAUGCCGUUCAGGCGUACAGAGCCCAUGCUCACUCACGAGCCUGCGCUGGACGUCAGCGAGCAGGGCCCCUUUGGAGAGCUGCAGACCGUCUCUGCCAUUUCCAUGGCAGCAGCCACCUCCACUGCCAUGGCCACUGCCCACCCAGAGCUGCGCUCCACGUUCCACAACACCUACCACACCACCAUGAGGCAGAAACACUACUACCGCAGCUACGAGUAUGACAUACCCCCUGGAGGGACCCUACCACCUCUCUCCUCUCUGGGGAACCAGCACACCUACUGCAACAUCCCACUUACACUGCUGAACGGACAGAGGCCUCCUGGGAAGAGCCGAGAGCACAGCCUGGAGGAGGCACAUGCUAACAAUGCCAUGCUCCCUCUGCUGCCAAGAGAAACCAGCAUUUCCAGCGUCAUCUGGUAAUGAUGAACAGUCAGGGUCAGACAUGGCAGGCUCAGUCUGGUUGCUCUUAGAAACACAGUUUAUGGUCGUGAUUAUGGUGGAUAAGUGUUUUGGAUCCAUUUGGUUCCAACUGGUAUUUGGACACAGUUUCCCUUGUUUUUUUCAAGUGGACACCACCUCUGAGGAUGUUUUCUAUGUGGAACUCAAGGAUAUAUAAUAAAGACACUGUUUUACCAACUAGUGAGAUACGGACUCGCAAGAACUCCACAUUAAAGGACCUACACACUAUGGCAAUUGUGCACACCCCUGCAGACACAUACACACACAAAUGUCCAUACAUACAAACAAAAGGAAAACAGGGUCUUGUACAUAUAUUUCAAUUUAUUUGUAGCAUCAGUGUUUUCCUGUUUUUUCCUUAUUUGUUUUAUUCAAUUUAAAAUGUUUGUUGCCUUCUCUACUGUAGGACUUUGCUUUAACUUGUUAUACAGAGUUGUAUAUUUUUUAUUGGUUUUUCUUUUUUGUUUGUUUUUUAUUCUAAUUUCAAUAUGCUUGUUUGGAAAGCCAGUAUGUCAUAUACCUGCGCUGUUGUGUUUUUUGUUUGUUUGUUUGUUUGUUUUUAAAUCCUUGUGUAGUUUAAGAAAACAUUUUUUUUACAUUUUUGCAAUUGCCUGGACAUUUCAGGAGCUUCAAGGAGCUGAAACUUCUCUUUGUUUACCUGUAAAAGGUGUAUCUAGUUUAAAAGUAAACUCUCUUUUAAAAAAAUCAUAGAAUAUGCAAAAAGAAGGAGGAACUGGCAAAAAAGUACCGUCCUGUGGGACCGAGAAGGAGGAGCAGUUGGGGGGCCGUGCUAGUCCUCUCCAAUCAGAUAGACCGAUAGACUGGCAGAUCUCUCUCUAAAGCUUCAUAUUUUCUAUUGAAACAAACAGCCUUGCUGUUUUAGAGUGAUAGUGAAAUGCCUCACCUUAAAAAUAAAUCUGUAGAUUAUUUUAAAAAGAAUUCUAUUUUUAUAACUGAAAAAAGUUUGCUUGAGAAGUCAUACUUAUUUGCAUUUCAUCUACCAUAGAAAGGGGAUUUGUGUAUAAGUGUUAUGCUGGUUUUGUACACUUGCAAUGUGGUUCCUGGUUUGUCAAGAGGUGGCUUUUGAAUCCCACAUGAAAAAAUAUGUCCUCUACUCUUCUAGAUUCAAAAGUAAAGCAUUUUUAAUGUUUUGGUUUUUAAAACAUAAUAUUAUUCCCAUCCUGAUAAUU